AUGAGCAAACCAAGUACUGUGGUUACGCAAAAUGACGGCGAGAAUCUGUUGCCGCAACGGGAGUCACGGGUCGCCGAGAAAACCGUGACUGUUGAUGAAGAUGAGCCCGAUGCUGCUGAGUACCGCUGCGACCAGCUCAGCUAUGGUAUAGGUGAUGCCAUGUUUGCGACGUUUUUGGUGGCACCUCUGGUCGUUGGAGUCUGGCGUUCCACAUGGGGCAUCAUGGAAUUGCACCGGGAUCUGUUCCCUUACGCCCAGAUCUACCUCCUGGGCAUCAUCAUCCACGUAUGCUUCGCACUGAUCAGGUCGCAUCUGUUGUUACAUUCGAAGGCAGCUUCUGAGGGGGAAAAUCGAGCCUACCGUUGGUUAAGAGAGCGACUGCUCUCCAGGAUUUAUACCUAUAUCUUCGCUUUAUCCUGUAUCAUGCACUGGCGCGGUGGCUGGGCUAUAUUUGAUACAGUCGUCGCCACUAUUAUUCCUAAUGAUAGUGACCCUCACAGGCCGGUAUCGAUAGCGGUACUGACAGCACUAUGCUACGCGGCCAUCGCUGGAUUGCGAUCGGCGAGGAAUCUCCUAGCACCGCCUUAUUUCAUAGUCACAGAUGGGAAGGAGCCCACUUACGAAUUUGCAACACGUUUCCGUAAAAAUGGAAGGGGAAGGCCUAUGUUCAAAACUGGACGUCUUGCGGCUGCUGAUGAUAAUGAAGAACUGUCGUGC